AUGAUCUGGCCGUACGCCGACAUCCAGUACGGCUUCCUGGACAGGGAGCUGGGCUUCGACAACUUGCACGCGUUGGCGGCGCAGGGCAGACACCGCGCAGUGCGGAAGCUGCUGCGCAAGGGCAUGGACCCAAACGCUCGGAGACUGGAAGGCGCCUUCGGGGCGGAUGACGACGAGCGAGGCGACUCGCCCAUGAUAUGUGCAGCCAGAGGGGUGCUGGGCAACAAAGACCAACCGCGACACGUCAAGACGCUCGAGUUGCUGCUGCAUUUCGGUGGCAAGGUCAACCAGCCCAACCUGCUGAAUCAGACGCCCCUGUACAUCGCGUGCGAGCGCAACGUGAUGCGAGUCGCGAUGUGGCUCCUUGAGCACGGCGCCGACGUCAAUAUCAACUGCAAGACUGGUGUCUCGCCGCUCAUGUGCGCCUACCAGAACCAGAACAUGGCGCUGGCCACGCUGCUUCUGGAGAAAGGAGCGGUCGUUAUCCGCCCGCCAGCCAGAUUCAGCCAUGUCAAGGUAGACUGUAUGACUUGUCCUUCUUACUCGGUAUCACUAACUCACUGCUGA